UGUCCAUAUUCUUAUAGAAUUCUAUUUUUCUGCAAUUAGAUCUCCAGGAAUGGAGCCGAUACCCAGCCAGCUACCAGUGGGACGAGACACCAGCUCAUCCCCAAACUCCAAGCAGGAGCUGCAGCCCUACUCCGGCUCCAGCUCCCUCAAGCCCAACCAAGUCAGUGAGACUGCAUUAUACGGAGUGCCUAUAGUUUCCUUGGUCAUAGACGGGCAAGAAAGGCUUUGUCUGGCUCAGAUAUCCAACACAUUGUUGAAGAACUACAGCUAUAACGAGAUCCACAACCGUCGUGUGGCCCUCGGGAUCACCUGCGUGCAGUGCACUCCAGUGCAGCUGGAGAUUCUGAGGCGCGCGGGUGCCAUGCCAAUCUCGUCCAGGCGCUGCGGGAUGAUCACCAAGCGCGAGGCCGAGAGGCUCUGCAAGUCCUUUCUCGGGGCCCACGCCCCUCCGAAAUUGCCCGAAAAUUUCGCCUUUGACGUCUCUCACGAGUGCGCGUGGGGAAGCAGGGGCAGUUUCAUCCCCGCUAGGUAUAACAGUUCCAGAGCUAAGUGCAUCAAAUGCACCUAUUGCAAUAUGUAUUUUUCUCCCAACAAAUUUAUCUUUCACUCGCACCGCACGCCUGAAUCGAAAUACACACAGCCAGACGCAGCAAACUUUAAUUCGUGGAGACGCCACCUGAAACUCACUGACAAGAGCUCGUCGGAUGAUGUGAGUCAUGCCUGGGAGGAUGUAAAGGCCAUGUUUAACGGCGGGAGCAGGAAAAGGACGAUGCCAAUGAGUAGCUCUGAAAUGUCCUCUUCUCAUAAGAGCCAGGCCUCCAGUAACAUAACCCAGGCCAACUCCCAAGAGGUCCCCCAUAAAACAAUGCGCUGUGAAGACGACCGCGCCAGCCUGGCUUUGUCCAAUAGCGUGCGCAACUAUCCUGUCAUCCCCGUGCCGAGCAAAGGCUUCGGCGUUCUACAAAAGAUCCCACCGCCCAUCUUUCCACACCCGUAUGGAUUCCCUGCGUUUGGAUUGUGUAACAAGAAAGACGACGGGGUGUCAGACCAGGCCAAGACUAAUGUGCCGGGUGUCUUUUGGCCGGGCGUGAAGGAUAACCUUUACCCAUCUUUCCCCAUGUUUUGGCCGACGGCAGCCACGCUGCCCAUGUCAACAUACCCCCAGGCGCAGCCAAAACCCCACGCAGACAUUAUUAGCUCGCGACAAAACGAGGCCGAACUCUCCGACCAAAAUGAUCGAGGGUCAAUCACCCCCAAAGAUAAACUCUAUGAUAGCGAGCGCUGCUCCAGUUCCCAGUCCACGAGGAACGAUGAAGACAAGUCUGGGGAUGAGGCCAGGUCAACUGAGGGGCAGCCCAGCACGCCUCGAAAGGUGAGCUACAUAUCUGCUUUCAGACCAGUUGUGAAAGACGCGGAGAGCAUAGCCAAGCUGUACGGCAACAGGGAGGUCUAUACAGGGGCUCGUUCAGGUUACCUAUCGCCUGACUUUGUCAGCGAAAGUUCCAGUUACCGGUCCGUCUCUCCAGACGCAGACAGUGGAGAGGACCCGGAUGUUGACGUGGAGUCGAAUAAAUUACCAGAAGAUGAAGAGUCAAUUCAACUUUCUGUGGAAGAUCAUCACAGUCCCCCGGGGCGGAUCCUGUCUGAGACCAAUCCUGAUGAAAGUCAAGAUUCGGAGACUAGACCAACACAGCAACCGGAUGAUCCCCAGAGAGCCGUGUUCAGUGAGGCAGUGUCAUCUGAUGACGAGCGGCUGAGCAAGCACGUGUCGGAGAGUAAAGAUGCUGCAACCUACGGAGUGUAUUCCCAUGAAAAGGAUGGGCACGUGCUGCCGUCUGUCACAUCUAAUCUAGUCCCCAAAUAUCCCCCAAGUCCACUGGCAACCACCGAUUCACUAAAACAAAGCGUUAUUCAAACGGAGGACGAAUCUGAUUUGCACAAAACGUAUGAUGUAUCCAAGGACAGCUCGAGUGAUGAGGCGAUGCGCGAUGAGGUGCCCAGAGCCAGCAAAGGCAUCGAAAACAUGGCGAAAGAGGAGCUGCAGAAACAGCUUGUGGAGCAGGUGGAGCUCAGGAAGAAGCUGGAGAGAGAGUUUCAGCAUUUAAAAGAUAAUUUCCAGGAUCAGAUGAAGAGAGAGCUGUCCUACCGAGAGGAGAUGGUUCAGCAACUCCAAAUUGUUCGGGACACUUUGUGCAACGAGUUGGACCAAGAAAGAAAAGCUCGUUAUGCAAUCCAACAGAAGCUGAAAGAAGCUCACGACGCGCUACACCACUUCUCCUGCAAGAUGCUCACCCCUCGCCACUGCACUGGCACCUGCACCUUCAAGCCUCCCCUUCUGCCUCCCUAGCUCAACACACACACACACACACACACACACACACACACACACACACAC